CGAGAAAUCAAGUCACGCAUCCGGAAGAAAAACACUUCGAAUUUCGAAGUCCUGAAUUUGGAGUCUGAAUGUGCUUAACUUCUAUCUUUUACAACCUUUCCUUGUCUUCAAACUACGGAUAGGUGUAUUUUUAGUGUAAAAGUGCAGUUUUCGGAGGAAUCGAGUCCGUUAUCGCGCACCAUGAUUUAUUCAGGUGUUGUUCCUGGUUCAUCGCAUUGUUUAGCUUUCGUUAUAUAACGUAAAGAAUGAACAGAGUCUCGUGCGGGCUUCUAAGUCUCGUGUUUUGAGGAAGAAAGAUGUUGCAGAUGUGCUUUAGGUGUUUGAGGGUUCAUAAUUUUGUGCUUCCAUCGCUGUGCUUUUUGACGAAAUUUUUAAAAUAAUAACACUGCAAUAUGUAUUGUGUUUUUAAUAUGCUAAAACGAACGGAUGUGUAAGGUCAUGUGAAUGUCUGACAACAGCUAGCCGAAGUGUAACUAGUCUGCGGAAUGCAAAACUCCGGGUCCAACACGGACGUAACUUCCACACUGUCCAGUGAAUCGAACCAGCAAGGGAGAUUGGGAGCGGUAGCCCCGAAGAAAAGCAUCGAAACAAUUAUUCAAAGAACUGAUUCGAAAUCUAAGCGUUCUGAAGGUGGCUUGGAAGAUGGGGACCAGCAGUCGAUCUGUUCUGCAAGUGAAAGCAGCGAGUCGCUUCUUCUAUCGAUAAAGAAGAAGGAUCGAGGGGUAAGCUUAGAUCUGUUUUGAGAGCUUUUGGCAGUAGCAGCUUGGUAGCAUGGUAUGACUGACUUUACAAAACUACAACAUCCUUAGGUCCCUUAUAGUGAUAAAAAAUGUCCUUAGUAAGUGUCCUUGUCAAUGCAAACAUGUACAGUAGUGAUCGAAUGGAUAUAGAACGAGCAAGAGCAAUAAUACCAGUUAAUCUGACUGGUAACUUUGGUAGAGUUUUUAUAGCUGGCUAAUGGCUUAUAACAUGCUUGGCCAUGUGCUUUAAAGCUGGGUUAUAGAUUACCCAAGGUUGGCGCAAAUUUGAAUUCACAUGAAAUUUGAAAGCUUAAAAACAAAUUCAGUUUUAUUAUUGUUGGCUACAAAUAAUUUGAUGAUUGGGUGCUCUAAAAAGUGUGGACAAAAUUAUCCUGAAAAAGACCAAAGAAGAGAAAACGAAACCUGGGUUAAAAGUUUUACCCUGGGUUGGUGCUUAUCCACCUAUAAAGGGCCUGUUUACAUGGAGGUGGGGGACCCUAGAUAGGUGAGGUAACCUGCCUGUCUAUAUAAUCUGUCUUUUUAAUUCAAUCACGUUUACAUGAUAGGUGGGGUGACCCGCCACGUGUUACCUCACCUAUCUGGGGUCCCCCACCUCAGUGUUAAUUAUCCUUAUCAGGCGGUAACUGAUAGAAUUUACCGCGGAAACAACACUUCAUAUCACCUACAACUGCUUGAAGGUUUACUUAAAUUGAAAAAACAAUUUUUAAAAAAGGAAGUUUUUAUCCGCUUCGAUUCUCACAAGGAAAAUGAGUAAAUACAUUACAGUCGACUCUCUCUUAAUGGACACCUCUAUAAGACGGACACCUCUGUAAAAUGGACACUUAGAGUUGGUCCCUGCCUUUCUUUACCCUGGGGAGGGUACUUUAGGAAUUUCUGGGUGGGGAUGUGCCGCUGGGACCCUGGAACCCUUAACCUAUACCAGAGCUAGUUCAGCUGAAUUUUGCUACCCUAUACUAGAGUAAACUCCCAAAUCCCCCCUAUCCUAGAGUAGCUGUUUCCCUAGUCUAGAUAAAAUCUUCAACCAACUGAUUAGUUUCCUGAAAAAUAAUACCCUAUUCUAGACCCAAACGCUCUGAUUUAUAUACCCUAUCCUAGAGUAAACUGCUUGAAAACCAUACCCUUCACAGCGGCACAUACCUAUAUAGCCCAUAUAUGGCAGUGCCCCCCCCCCCCGGGUUCUUUACUGCCUUUAUUUGACUCUCUAUAAGACGGACACUUAGUGCCGGUCCCAAAGGUGUCCAUCUUAGAGAGAGUUGACUGUAUAUGGAAAAGUGCUGAAGUGUACACAGCUCUUCUUUGUAUGGGCCACACUUUUUAGAAAGAGAACAUUGAAGACAUAGUAAAAUUAUUGGAAUCAAACUUUGUAAACUAGGCAUGGGUCGCACUUGGGAAAAGUUUUCAUCUUUGCCGGCUAAAAAACCACAAAAAUUCGAAACCGCAACCGGAAAAGAAAACUUUUAGUCCAACCGAGGAGGGUCGCAUUAGUGGGAGUUAAUAGUUUUUGCUUUGACACAUUGAGAACUUAAGAACGCCAGAUACCAGAAAACAUUUUUCUCUUCUUCGUCCGCACCUCUGUCGAAGGAUCUUUUUCCUCCAUUCCCAGUUUCAGGAGACAGAUAAAGAAGACCGGAAAGUGCUUGGAUGCGAAUAGUACAUUUGGCUUGGAGAAUAACAAACCUGUGAAGUGUUUGCUUGUGCAGACGGGAACUGGUUCGCCUUUAAUAGAGCUCGUUCCCGUAAAAACCUUAAAAUAGCGAAGGUUUAUAAGCGAGUGAAGUCCAUGCCUGUAGAGAGUUUUCGAAAAAAACUUGAAAUGGCGAAGGAUAGCCGAGUAAAAGCCUCUUCGCGAAGGUCUGGAAAUUCGACCGCGUUUAUUUUAAAUUGAUCGUGUUUCAAAUGGAUCACGUUCAUGACAAGGCGCUGACAGUUAUCGCUGUGAUUCCUAUUGUUUAGCUCGAGUUUUCCAAAAUCUGCCUGCCCCACCCAAGCACUACGGCGUCUUUGAUGUUUUUGCCGAUUUUCAAAGUUUUUCCUAACUUGAAAACUCGGGGUCGCACUUAGCAAUGUCGACCGAUGACAGAUUUCUACCGCAAGGUAAACAAAUUCUCGCAAAAAUUUGCCGAGUGCGACCCAUGCCCUAUUGUCUAAAGGUAACAAUGACAGAUUUGCAAAAAACAGGUCUUAAAAGGAGGAAAAUAAGUUUCAGCGAAUUUAGCUCCUAAAUUUUCCAGAGAGGUCAGGACCAUGUCCCUCACUCCGCUAUCCCCCCUCUACCCAACCCCCCCUCCAGGAAAGUGUGCCUGUGGUGCAUAUUUUUUGCCUUACUAUCCCAUGAAUGGUCCCUUACCUGCUCAGCUACAGUUUAGGGAGAACACUGCCACCUCCAUGUAAACAGGCAUAAUGAGCAACAUGGUGACCCUGAAGUGAAAGGGUACAUUGCUUUUUGGGAUGAUCAAGGUACAUCAAAUGAACCGUUGAUUCUUUUUAGUGAUGGAUUCAUCGGUUCUUUUGAUUCUAUGAUCCAAGUGAUCUGAUGUCACUGAUCACUGGCUUCACUCUGUAGUCCACAUAAAACUGAUGCAACAGGUCGAAUUUUGAUUUUUUUCUGUGAUUUUACCAUCUGCCCAUGCGUAAAGGCCUCUUAAAAAAACAAAAAACUCAAUAGUAUCUCCCAGCCACAUUACAACAGAUACAUGUAAAAGCACCCCUAUGCAAUUUGUUGUUUAAAAUUUUAAAUGGUUUUGGUAUUCACAAGUGCGCCCUCAAAUUUAGUGUGAAAAUUUUCGUCUAGGCAUUUGAAUUUUUUUUAAUGGUCACUGCAGUUUUGUAUGAGGCUGAAUUGAUGCUGUUGUGUAAUGUUUCCCUGUUUCUUUGCAGUCUGAAUGUUCCCACAAGGUCAUAGAAAAGAGACGGCGUGAUCGAAUUAAUACAUCCCUAGGGGAACUUUCUCACCUUUUACCUGCACAAUCAAAUGGAAAACAGGUAAAUUGAUGGUAAAGGUGAAAUCUGUUGUCAGGUUAUUAUGUCAGUUGUCAAUAGAGUUUGAUUCAGAAUGAGAUAAUAGAAAUAAUUAACAAUUAUUCCUCGAGUUCGGCCUCAUGGGCUAUUGACUCGGAGGCCAUGAGGGCGAGAGGAAUAACUGUUUUAGUAAAAUCCAACUAGUUAGUCAAAGAUAUUGAGAAUUAAAAAAAUUUUAGCUUGUUAAAGCUAGACUUAAAUCCUUUUUUGCCGCCAAAAAGCUAGCGCUUUUUGCUACUAGCUAGUGGGCUAUAACAUAUAGCCUAGUAGUAGCUCAACCAAUCAGAAAACAACAUUGAUAAUAGACCACUAGUUGGAUUUUACUACUGUUUCUUAGCCCUACUGGCAACAAAGGGAAACAAAAGGAAUUCUGGUUUAACCAAAAUGUGCCAGCCGGUCCAAGAUGGCGCCCAAACCGUGAAAUUGCAUGGUAUCCAGAAUGGUACCCGCAGGAUCUCCUGCAGGGCUCAAAUAGUAAGCGUUCUCCUUUGUCAAACGUAGUCUAACACAAGUAUAUACAUUUCUUUUCUUCUAACAAGCCCUUAUCACUGUGAACAGGCUCCCAGGUGGAGUGGGGCUGAAAGGGUGGCCUGGGGGAGAGAAUCAUCAUUAUCAUAAAAUAAAGAUAGAAAUCAAGAAAAAACAUGUUCUGCUCUUAGGAAGAAAAAUUUACUCUAAGGGAAGUUUAAAGCUGUUUGAUUACUGUCUAACUACGGUAAAUCCUCUACUAAGGUCUCCAGGGGGGCCUAUUUAUUUCAAACCUAGUUGAGGGGGGGCUUAAUAGAGACAGGAGGCUUACUUGAGAGGGGGCACUUAUUUAAUUUAGAAAAGAUGAUGGUAUCAGUUCUCCAUAAAAAACUAGAAUACAAAGUGGAAAUUCUCAAGUACAGGAAGUUUGAGGUCAUGCAGCUGAGGAUCAAAGACAAAUCCGAACUUCUAGUUGGUAAAUAAACCAUCCUGGAUCGGUCCACACGAAGCUAUACAGUUGUGAUUGAUUAAUACAGUCUACCAUUUAUUUGUGAAGAAUAUCUUUUUUUUGGGGGGGAAAGGGGGCUCAGUAGGGAGGGGGGGCUUAUAAACUUUCUUCCCCUGAAAAGGGGGGGGGCUUAUUAGAGGGAGAGGGCCUAUUUGAGAGGGGAGGCUUUAUAGAGGAUUUACGUUACUUGUAUUCCAUGUUGUAAAUGGUCUUGGCAGUCAAGAUUUUUAAGAUGCAUUAAUUUCACUGCUGAAAGCAUUGUGAUAAACUGUCUUUGAAUUUUCUUGCAUAGGGAUCUGGAAAGCUUGAGAAAGCAGAAAUUCUAGAGUUAACAGUGGAAUAUUUAAAGUCCCUUCAAAGUCGCCUCACUGAACAACAAGAAAAGGAUGUGAAAAAGGGUAAGGAAAUAUCUUAAAGUUGUGGAUUUUGUCUCUUAAUUUUAGUUCAUUUAAGCUUAUAAAUGACCCCAUGAGCAACCAUGGCAGUGUCAGCAACAUGAACUCUCCCUCUUAAUAGACAAAAUAAUAUCAAGCACAUUUCAGGUAUCCGCCAAAAUAGAUAAGUCGAUCUGAACACCGAUAUGACAAAUAACAGUCACACUCUAGCUACUUUCAUUUGUGCGUUUCGGUCUGAAUCACAACAAGAAAGGCCUGUUCUGUCUUGGAAACUCUUAUAGUAACUUUUGUGUCUUAUUACAUCAACUUGAGCACUGAUUAUCUCAUACGAUGAACAUUUUCAGUUUUUUAGAAAUGUAAAAAAAAAAGAUUUACUCUACAUUCUCUUAAGCCCUCCCUCUCUAGUAAUUUAAGCCUUCUCUUUUGAGGGGGAAUGAUAUCAUAAUGAUUUCAUGAUAUUAAUCAUGACUGUGGCACGACUGAUCCUGCCUGGUUGAUUCACAUGCUGGAAGUUUAGAUGUGCUUUUGAUCGUCAGCUGCAUUAAACCUCCAACGUUAUUUGCCUGAGCUUUUCCAUAUGACAGGACUUUAUGGUUAAUAAUAUUAUUGAUACCAAAAUCUUUGUUAAAAGGAAUAAGCCACCCUCUCUUUUAAGCCCCAUAUUCUCAGACGUUCUUGAAGUAAAUAUAAGCAAACAGUUGUGUUUCAUUCAAGGUAUUUGGUUUAUUUUUCAGGUGAGACAACAGAAACUGAUCCAGCAGAAGGUGAAAGUAAAGAUGUUGAGGUUAAACCAGUGACUCACUUUGGAGGGUACAAGGACUGCACAGAAGAGGUUUUUCGUUUCUUGGUGAAUGUUGAAGCAAUGGACAUGCAACAGCCUUGUUUUCAGAGGCUUAUGGCUCACCUGCGGCACCAGAUACAGCUAAUGGCAGAGUCCAAAGUCUCCCCCAAGGGGAAAAGCAGUGGAGAUGGUGGGAAACGGGCCACAUCUAAGCGAAGCUUUCAAGGCACCACGUCUUCGUCAUCAUCCACUUCUUCCAGCAAUGGGGAACGGAGUGGCAGUGGAAGUGGAGGGAAGGCCAAAAGAGCUCGACAUGGCCAUCACAGUAGCAGUGGUGAUGUGUUGCCGAGUAGUAGCAGCAAUGGGAACACCUCCAACAGCAGUGACAAUGAAAACAGUUCAGAGAAUUCCAGGGAAAACCAGACAGAUUCAGCCAUAUGCCUUGAUGAAGAGAUGUCUGAGAUACAGGGUAAUUCAGGAAAGGAGGCUGAAAAUGGCAACAGAACAAAUGGCAAUGGCAUUAAAGGUACAAAUGGCAACAGGGGAGGAGACACUAAUGGUUCCUCUGUACCCACAUUUCCAUCCAUGCUUCCCCAAGCAGGCAACAUUCCAUUGCGCACGCCCUUCCUGCCACCUCCUUAUACAUUGCCAACCUAUGCACUCCAUCCUGCAGGUACACAUUUUAUUCCAGUGGUCUUGCACCCAAAUAUUCCACUACCAACACCUUCCACACAAAUGUUUAAUGGCAAUGCACAGAUGCCAUUUCCAAUGGUACAGCCAGGUGCUACGGCCUAUGGUGUGUCUCCUCACGCACCAAGUCCCAGCUUUGGUUUUCCACUGCCAUAUGUACAUGCAGGGAUGACACCGUACGGAUAUCAGGCACCUCCUAUGGGGUUUCCUUUAUUCAAUGGCUUGCGCAAAGACCUGGGAGGACAGGGCACUGCUAACCAGUACAAUGGAGACAGUGGAUCAAAUGGUGAUGAUUGUAGCAUUGAGUCCCGAAACUCCUCAGAGAGUAUUGCAAUUCAGACAGACUCGUCGGGUAAUGAGAGCUCAAACCCUGAUGAAGGAGGGGGCUGAAAUUUAUACUGAACAAGUUAAAUUAUUAUUAAUUGUCAGUGAAGUAAUUUUAAUGAACUUUUAGAGGACUCACUGGUUCUCGGGACUAUUUCAGGAUAACAAUAUCCACGCCAUAAGUCAGGACAUCGUGGCAUGUGAUCUUGACACUUUCCAAGUGACAAAUUGGGGUUAAAAAUUUUUUUUAUUGUUCAUGUUCAAGCGCAAUUUGGCCGUUUUAGGCCUUACCGUAACCUAUCAAGGCUCUCUAUAAUAGGGCCAUUUAUCCAGGUGGAAUUUGACGCAUUUGGAAUAAGACACGAGCUUCUUAUACAGAUGUCCCCGAAAUGUCUUCGUGACUUGAAUAAGGCACAGCCUAAAUAAGACGCAGCUGAUAUGCUCGUAAAAAAGGAACAGUUUUUUUCUUGUUUUAAGUUGCGUCUUGUUUUUCCUCUUCACGUGUAUGUGCUGUACCAGUUUGAAUUCAAGUGUGUUUUCUGUCUCCUGCAUGAUUACACUUUCCGAAAUCACAAGGACGUAAUUAAUUUUCGAGGGCAUAGAAGCGUCUCAGGGCUGGAGGUUGAUUGGGGUGUCAAUUUUACCUUAAUUGUGAAAUGUAUGAUAGUGUACACUCUGUUCCAUAAAAAAAAAGAAGAAGAAAAAAGAUGUGAAGUGUAUGAUAGUGUACACUCUGUUCCAUAAAAAAGAAGAAAACUGCUCCGGGAUGCAGUUUCGUAGUUGUAUCUAGAGUUCAAUAAACUUUUCAAAACUGCG